ACAGUUACAGAGAGGGAGUCUGCAAAGCAACUGUGUAUGAAUUUUUUGUUAUAUCUAUGGUUUCUCUUGACACCAAAAUGGAUAUAGAAAAAAGAUUUAUUGGUGCCUUUUAUUUUACAACUUAUCUAUAUAAUCAUCUCUAUUGUUAAUAUUGUCUUUUUUUAUUUUAACAGGAAUCUUCAAUACAAAAAUGAGACAUAAUCUGGUCUGUCAGACACCUCGCACUGUCACUGUUCAUAUAAAGUCAAGUGCAUCUAGAUCACACCAGCAAAAUAAAUCUAUUAGUCUAAAACGUCCUAUUUUUAAAGACAGUCAGGAAAAUUGUGAAAAAGAUGUGCACAAUAAUAAGUCUAAACGUCCAAAAGGUGCAUGUCUGGUUAUUCAGCGUCAGGAAAUGACUGCUUUCUUUAAACUAUUUGAUGAUGAUCUAAUUCAAGAUUUCCUGUGGAUGGACUGCUGCUGUAAAAUUGCAGAUAAGUAUCUUUUGGCAAUGACUUUUGUUUAUUUCAAGAGGGCUAGCUUCAGUAUAAAUGAGCACACCAGACUUAAUUUCUUUGUUGCUCUGUAUCUUGCAAAUACAGUUGAAGAAGAUGAUGAAGAGUCAAAGUAUGAAAUUUUUCCAUGGGCUUUGGGAAAAACCUGGCGGAAGCUUUUCCCUAACUUCUUAAAGUUAAGAGACCAACUCUGGGGUAGAAUUGACUACAGGGCUAUUGUAAGCAGACGUUGCUGUGAAGAGGUAAUGGCUAUUGCUCCAUCACAUUACAUAUGGCAGCGAGAACGUUCCAUGCAUCACAGUGGGGCUGUCAGAAAUUACAGCAAAGAUGAAGUGCAGCUGCCCCGUGGACCAAGUGCCACACCAGCAGAUUGUUCGCUUUGUGGUAAGAAAGGAAGAUUUGUAGGACUGGGAUUAUCAUCCUCAUCUUCUUCAUCCACUGGGACUUUGGAGAUCAUGGAGCAACAUGUAUCUCAGGAAUUGAAGGACACUUUCCCAGUUGAAAAAAUGCUAGUUGAUCCUUCUCCUUGCUGUUAUUCCCAAGGUUGCAACAGUCUAUUCACCAAAGAGAGAAAGAUUAGCUGCAUGAAUCAGGACAAAUCCAUGGACUGGUUUACAGGAAAUGAAGAAUGAAA